AAAUCUUUAAGAAAUAUAAUAGGAAGAAGGAGAAGAAAGGGACCAAAGCAGAAGAACUUGCUUUUCAAAAGGGGGAUAAAAGUCAGUUUUGAGUUGAAGACUCAAAGAACUCCUUCCUUCCUUCUUACUACUACCAUGGAUGUCGAGAAAGUUUUCCACAUGACUGGUGGCGCUGGAGACUCUAGCUAUACCAAAAACUCUUCUCUUCAGAAAAAGGGUUCAGAUAUGGUGAAGCACAUAACCAUGGGGGCAAUUCAACAGCUUUAUCUCACAACAUCUCCAAAGAGCAUAGGCAUAGCAGACUUGGGCUGUUCUUCUGGAACAAAUUCAUUAUCGACCAUAAGAGAAAUGGUAGACGCAAUCGAAGAGACCAAUCGCAGCAAAGUUUCUCAACCAUUGCCAGAGUUUCGAGUCUACCUCAAUGAUCUUCCCACCAACGACUUCAACGCAGUCUUCAAGGCCUUGCCGGACUUUUACAGAGAACUCAAGCAAGCAAGAAUUGAUCAGGGAUCCGGCCCAUCUAUUUACAUCGCCGGUUAUCCGGGUUCCUUUUAUGGAAGGUUGUUUCCGACCGACUGCUUGCACUUCAUCUACUCCUCUUACAGUCUUCACUGGCUUUCAAGGGUUCCUCCAGCUCUUUAUGAUGAGCAAGGAAUGUCAAUCAACAAAGGCAACAUUUACAUAUCUGAAUCUAGCCCCCCUGAGGUCUCAGAAGCAUACUUCAAGCAAUUCCAAGAGGACUUCUCAUUGUUCCUUCGAUCACGCUCAGAAGAGCUGAUCGCCGGAGGCAGAAUGGUGCUAAUUUUGUUGGGAAGGAUAGGUUCAAACCAUGUUGACAGAGGCAACUCAUUAUUGUGGAAGCUUCUCACUCAAUCCCUUACCAUUUUGGUUUCGCAGGGGAAAGUUGAGAAGGACAAGCUUGACUCUUAUGAAGCCCAUUUUUAUGCACCAUCAAAAGAAGAAUUAGAAGAUGAAACAAGAAGAGAGGGUUCAUUUGAAAUGGACAGGCUCGAAAUGGUUGAAAUGGGUAGGGAUGUUGAGGAUAGUAAGAGCUAUGGAAUGGCAGUUGCUAAGGCAGUUAGGGCCAUCCAAGAAUCAAUGAUAAGCCACCAUUUUGGAGAAGGAAUUGUGGAUAGUUUGUUCCAGCAAUAUGAAAGAUUGGUGGUUGAAGAAAUGGCUAGAGAAGAGAUGAUAACUGUCAGUUUUGUUAUUGUUCUUGGGAAAAAAUAAUGAUUAUUCAAACAUGAAUUGAAUUAAUUAUAUUUGUCUUUAUUGAAAUUUGUUUAUUGUGUCAA